CACCUCCACAAAAAAAAAAUUCACAACCAUCGCAUGAAUCAUCGCCACGACUUUUGCGUGAAUCAUCGAUGGAAAUAUUGUAUGAAUCAUCACCGGGAACAUCAUAUGAAUCAUCACUGGGAACAUUAUAUAAAUCAUCACGGGAACAUCGCAUGAAUCAUCGCCGGGAACAUCUAAUGAAUCAUCGCCGGGAACAUCAAAUGAAGCAUCGCCGGGAACAUCAAAUAAAUCAUCGCCAAGAACAUCAUCGGUACCAUCAAAAAGGCCGCCAAUACGAUCAAAGCAUAAUUCAAAAAAG